CCCCUCAAACUCCUCCGGGUCUCUCAAUGCCGCCCCGCUCCGGUCGCCGCCUCGCCGCCCACUGGCACUGGGUCGUCGACGCCCUCGCCGGCGACGAGGCCCUCGACUUCUCCCUCAUCCAAGCGCUGGUGGGCGCCUCGCCGGAGCCCCUCGCGGGCGCGCCGGAGGCAACGCGGGAGAGGUUCGCGCUCCGAUGCCUGCGGGAGGUCGCCUCCGUCGCCGCCCAGGGCGAGGUCCCGGUUGCUGCGGCGGCGGCGGCGGCGGGGGGCGGGACGAUGCUUAGGGUUGAUGCCACCCGCUCCUGCGAGGAGUUGCUGCUCGAGCUACUCGGACAGGUUGGUAGUUCAGGAAGCUUGGAGAAAGAUAUGGUUCUGCCUUUUAUCAAGGAUAUCCAAAAGUUUAUAUGUACCAAAACACCGGCUUUACCAGAAACUUCUUUUGAGUUGCUUAGAGAAGUGAACCCAGAGAUCGCAUCUAUGGUCCCACCGUCCCCAAUGGAGCAGGGUGGCAAGAACAAUGACAAUGACCGGUCGUUCUGCAGCAUCAACCCUGAUCAUGUAAAUACAGAGAGGCAUGGGUGCCAUACAGAUAGUUCUGAUUUUCAGCGACAGAAGGAUCCUAUGGAGCGAACUCCAGAUUUGCAUGAACCAUCUAGGCUGCACAAUAGGUGUUACGAUCGCCCUCAAGAAGAUACCAUUGGUGCCAUUGGUGUCAGUGUCAGACCCGCACAAACGAGUCCUAGUAAAGAUAGUAGAAACAUGUCCAUUGCAACUGAGCCUGCUUCAGCUAGCUGCAGUGGUGCUUUGGUCCGAAGUAAUACUGAACUUAUGUCAAAGCAGGAUGCGGUGGAGACUACCAUGUCCCAAGAAAAGAGUCCAACUACCAUUCUUCAACGAGAAUCCUGUGGAGACAAGUACAGAAAUCCAUGCCGCGAUAAUGAUGGAGAGAGACCACAUGGUCAUGACACCAGCAUUCAUUUAUCAAAGAAACUCAGUCAUGAAGGAUUGAUCAUGCAGGCUAUGGUGGCUCUAGAUUCUGAGAGAGCUGAUGCUUUGCGGACAAAUAUAUCUGAAACAAAUCACUUGCCUGAGUUUGUUUCUGCAGAUGUUACAGGCAUGAUGACAGAAUUACAUGGCAGAAAAACUCAAAGGAAUUCACCACAACAUGACAGUGGCGAGACAGCAGUUCAAGUUAUGGAUGAUGGUAGUGCCAGGAUUCAGCCAGUGGAAAAGGAUCCUGGUCAUAAUGAACUGAAUCUGCAAACUGCUGGUGUUUUACCUUCUGUAAGCUGCAACAGGGCUGUUCAAGGAGAUAAAUCUGAAACCAACCUUCAACAAGAGAAUGCUACAGGGCAUUCUAAAAUAUUUGAGGAGAAGAAUGGCGAUAAGGCUCAUCUCGAGGUCAGUUGUGCUGACAAAGCUAAUCCAGCACUACUUGAUGAUGUCAGCAUCUUGGAAAAUAAUACAUCCGGUGGUAGGCAGACUGCUCUAGAUUCUCCUUGCUGCAAUGUGCCGUCCUCUAGUCAGGAUAAAGAUGCCAAUCGUGCCAUCAAGGGCCUUACGGAGCAAGAUUUGUGCAUAAAAUGUGGUAAAGAUGGACAGUUGCUGAAAUGUAGCAGCUGCUCAUUAGCCGCCCAUGAUGGCUGUUUUGGUUCACCAGUGACUUUUGAUGCUUCUGGCCAGUUUCAUUGCCCUGUAUGCUUCUAUACUAAAGCUACCGAAGCAUAUCAAAAGGCUAAAAAAGCUUAUUUGGAAGCUAGGAAGAACCUAUCUGCUUUCCUUGGCACAAAGCAAUUCCCAAAGCUACAUGAACAAUCUACUGUAAAACAACAAACAGCUACCAACAACAAGGAUCACUUGAAUGAGUGUAAUACAUCCAAAAGGCAAGGUAACCAUCAAUCUGAAGCGGAUAAUCUUUCUCAUAUGGAUGAAGAACCUAGUCAGCAGAGGAAUAAGCAGAGAACUAAUGAUACAAGUGUUGCGUGUCCUGAGGAUCAGUUGAAUGGGUGUAAUACAUUCGAAAGGCAAGGUAACCAUCAGUCUGAAGCUGACAACCUUUCUCAUACGGAUGAAGAACCUGGUGAGCAGAGGAAGAAGCAGAAAACAAAUGAUACAAGUGAUGCAUGUCCCAAGGAGGAUCAGUUGAAUGGGUGUAAUACUUCCGAAAGGCAAGGUAACAAUAAGUCUGAUGCAUAUAACCUUUCUCAUAAGGAUCUAGAACCUGGUCAGCAGAGGAAGAAGCAGAAGACAAAUGCGACAAGUGAUGCUUGUCGUGAGGAGGUAGUCACUGAAAAGGCAUCUUUUGGUCUGAAUUCUAAUAUUGCACCAAAUAAAGAUUCUGUACUCCAAAAUAAAAGAAAACAAGUUCAUGUUACAGAGCAUGAGCAGUCUGUGGAAAAUGCAGAAGCCCAUGAAGAUGGUAACGGCAAUUCAUUUUGUGAACCGCAACAUUCAUCUCAGAACAGGUGUAGUCCUGUUGUCAGUCAGAAUGUUGAGGCUGAUAAACAUGUCAGUCUUACAACUUCUCAUGAGUGUGAAAGUUCCGAUGAAAUAGAAGCUACGUCUUCAAAUGAUUCUGGCAAGCAGUCGUCACCCCCUUGGCGAAACAUGAGACACCACAAAGCAAAAUUUCAAGAAAGGGAGACUGUAGUAUCAAAAAAUUCUAAAAAGGCAUUGGGAUGCCAGGAUCAGCACAUGCCUUCACCAUCAAGAAAACGGAAGUGUGCAUAUCCACCCAAGCGUUACUGUAAUUCUCUUGCACCAGCUGGAAGGCGCUCAAAGCUCUGUUGGACAGAAGAAGAAGAGCAAGCUUUGAGGGAUGCAAUGUUAAAAUUCACCCCAAAGGACGAUGGGCUAAUUCCAUGGAUUCAGAUAUUAAAAUAUGGCAGGAAUGUGUUUCACAAGGCACGCCUCCCGAGUGAUCUGAGAGUCAAAUGGAGGAAUAUGAAGAAGAAAUCAGACUCCUAGUAUUGACUGGCCAUCUGACACCUUAUGCAGCAAUUGUGCCAUGCUUGCCUAACCCAUUAUUAACCUCCUCAAGCUAGCCACUUGUUCAUCGGACACCUAAUGUAGCAAAGGAGCAAGAUGAGGAGGAGCUGGUGCUGCAGGUGGAUAUCACCUCGUCCUCGGGGGAGCAGCAGGAGUGGACGGAGCACGCGGCGGGCAAGGAGGCGCGUGGUGCAGCCGACCAAGAAGGCCAGGAACGCGUCUGGUGGUGACAAGGAGCCUGAUUUCCUCGGCGAGCCCUUCAACGCCGAUGAGGCGUGCACCAAGUGGCCACAACGCUACCAGCGAGGCCCUGCAAAGAGGCCAGAUGAGGAGGAGGACGUCAUGGCGCGGUGCCAAUACCGCUCUGCCAAGGUUGACGACGUAGUCUACGCGCUGGCGACGACGACUAUGUCAUGAUGCACCCGGGCACCGAAACGCCGCUCUCAGGUGAUAUCCAGAACCAAGCUUGUCCAAAUGCAGGUGUCUUUCUCCGUGAGGAAAGAAUGAUAAUGUGCUCUACUGCAUCCGAAUGUAGGUGUACAUGUUCAAAACACGCGCAUGCAACUCACAAAUCACACAACGACCGACAACAAACACUGCAACUAGUUAAGAUGAGGGCUACACAGGCGUUGCUCCUGGCCCUCGCCUUACUCAUGCUAGCAUCAGAUUUUGCAGAUGUGGUAACGGAGGCGUCGAUGGAUGGCGGCGUUAAAAUCUUGAGGUGUGCGGCAACCAAUAUACCAUCACCACAGCCAUGUGACAACUUCACUUGCGAACUCGCAUGCUUCAACCUUAUAAAGUUACCCAAGCAAGGCAAGUGUACCGAUUUCGGGUGCAAGUGCAUGCUAUGCGAAUACACCCCUCCAGCUAAGAUGGAUGACAUGUUCAAUGGAAUGAUGCGAGGAAAUCGAAAAUGGUGUAGCAGCAAGGUUGUUCACUAAUAAUCGACGUAUUUUGAAGAAUGAUGGAUUUGAUCUAGCUUCCUGAAUGGUCUAAAAUUGUGAAGCUGUUGCUACAUAAUGUUUAUGUGUACUUUCUUGGGGCAUAUUUAUGUUAGAAUAUUUGGGCUUGGCCCAAUGGUCUCGGGUCCCAAUGGACCUGAAUUGAAAAUAAUAAUUUAGAAAAUUCAAAAAGAGUAAAAAAUUCCUGAAGCCUUUUGGAAUCAAACAUGAUCAGGUAUUACACUCGGCGCGAAAAGUUUUGUGAAGGAAUAGUUUCGAGCCUUUGCCUGACUCCAUGGCCAAGAAAACAAAAUUGUGAGUACAAAAAGUGUGAAUAGUAACUUCUAUAUAGUGUUGAUUUUU